CUCUAGCUUGACAUUGUUUCUUGCUUGUGGUUCAUGUUUUGUUAGCUAAUCUGGCUAGCAGAUGUCGAAUGGUCGAAUUAAGUGUCAGAUGAAUAUAUGUGCUUAAAACGGUCAAAACGCCACUCCUAGUAAGAAGGGAGGAUGGCGCAUCGACGUACCCCACCUCCGCUGUCUCAGAGGACAGAGUACCUGGAACCCGAUAAUGACUCCGACAGGGACUCUGGCGUUGGGGAGGAUGCAGGGGAGGAUGCUGACAGUAGCCAUGAAGCCACAUUUACGGAGGAAGAGAACGUCAACAUACAAGAUGGAUUGGAAGAAAACGGAGGAGAGAGACGAGAUUUUACAGUUUUUGUAGCCUUUCAAGGGAAUAUGGAGGAUGAGGACUUCGCUCGAAAACUUGACACUAUCCUCAGUGGGAUACCCAACAUGCUUGAUAUGGGCUCUGAUAGGCUACAGCCACAGCAUGUGGAGCCGUGGAACAGCGUGCGUGUUACCUUUAACAUUCCUCGGGAUGCUGCUGAGCGACUCCGACUGUUGGCCCAGAACAACCAGCAGCAGCUCAGAGACCUGGGGAUCCUCUCUGUGCAGAUAGAAGGGGAAGGAGCCAUCAAUGUGGCUGUGGGACCAAUUAGAGGACAAGAAGUCAGAGUGAAUGGACCAAUUGGAGGACCUGGCCAGAUGAGAAUGGAUGUUGGAUUUCCGGGUCAGCCUGGUACAGGAGGAGUGAGGAUGGCUAAUCCAGCGAUGGUUCCUCCCGGGCCUGGCAUGGCAGCUCAGGCUAUGAUGCCAGGCGGCAGUGGACAGAUGCAUCCUCGUGUUCCCAGACCAUCUUCACAGACAGGUUCAGGUCUUUAUUUCUUAUGUUAUGGAUCCAAUGAUGCCAGGUAUGUCCGUUCAGCAGCAACAGCAGCAGCAGCUUCAGCACCAACAGGCUGGCCCACAUGUCUCAGGCCCCAUGCCUCCUCAGGCUGCCCAUCACAUGCAGACUCUGCAAGGUGGCAGACUGCUUAACCCUGCUGCACUGCAACAGCUACAACAACAACAACAACAACAUCACCAACAGCAACAACAGCAACAGGCCCAGCAGCAAGCUCAACUGGCCCAGCUUGGACCUCGACCUCCAUUCAACCCAUCGGGCCAGAUGGCUGUGCCUCCUGGCUGGAACCAGCUGCCCUCUGGGGUGCUGCAGUCACCAGCCGCCCAAGGAGG